AUGAGCACCACAACACUGCCAAAACACUCCUCUCCCCGACGCCACUACUUCGAGACCGCUUCAAAUAUUCUGCACAGCGAGGAAACAAUACACAUGGAUGCAGGCGACACCGGCCCUGUUCCUAGGCCAAAGCCAAACAAGAUCAUACCGGUACCUCAAGAGUUCCGUCGCCUCACUCAUGCCAGAGAGCGCGAAAUCGUCGUUAACGAUGUCAAGGUCAGUACUGGUUGUGUAGUCAUUCCACAGUGUGAGAAUGGCAGGAUUUACCAGUUUGGCAUCGCAGGAGGAGGUGCAGGACUGGAAAAGGCCGUGCGGUAUAUCAAUCAGUGGAUUGCCAAUGCGCACGUCAAGUCGAAGGAUUCCUCGGCGUGGGCAAGGAUGCCAGCUUUCGACCCGAACAAGUGGUACUACGAGCAAAUCGAAGAGAUGGAGCGUGAGCGCAAGGAAGUGUUCAGGGGGGCAGCGCCUAAGGUGUCAGAAGGUGAAAUACCGCUACAAAGCCUCAUCAUGCAUUGGCCAGAGGAUCUCAUCAAUCAGAGCAUCACCCCCCGCGACGUCUUCGAUAACAAGUUGGAAGCGCUUGAUGCUAUCCGGACUCACGAUGAAGUUUUCAUUUCGCUUCUCUCUACCCAGGGCGACGUCUGGCAGAUUAAGAUACAAGCCGUAGACGUGGCGAACAUAGAAGCGGCCGAAGCGCAUCUCAAGACGAUGAUCGACAAAGUCAAGGCUGAAACGAUGGGGCUACAGCAUACGCUAAACAUGAUUCUUGACGACCAAGAGGGGAUGGAGGUCGAGCUGGAGGAGGCUGACGCGUGGUGGCCGAACCUACAAGACCGAAUCGUACCCCGCCUCCUUCCUAGUGGUAUGAUGGAACCACCUGGAAGUUUUCGCGGUGAUAUCAUGCACUUUACACAGCUCUCCAAGAUCCAGCGUUCGGUUCAGCUGGCUCUUGACGCCGUGCGUCACAAGAAAGGUGCUUACGAUAUGACCAUCCGUCUAGGGUGCCUGGCGCUGAACUCGAGACAAAUUAAGGAAGACAAGAUUGGCAACAAGUACAUGAAGGAGGUUUUCUUGAAGUCGAUCGAUGGAUCGGUUGGCCUUGAAGCAAAGAAGUGGCUUGCCGACGACGUACUGGGCCGCCAGAUUUUAGGAUCAUUCUACACGGCUGAUGAAUUCCUUGAACCUACAAAGUCUUCUAAUUACUUCGGCUACAUGCCUAAAUCUCUGCAGGGAACCCGCCCUAUGUUCCGAGGAACAUGGGUGUUCGCAGACCCAAACACUGUCACUGCUCCGCCUCAAGCUACGGCUAUCCAUCAUUCUGGGCGGCCCAAACCGUUCAACCAAAAGCCUGUUAGUACCGCGGAUUCAACACCAGCACCAAAGGUACAGUCCAGCCUUAUCGUGGUUCAAGUUGAUUGGGCGGACGACGAAGAGGGGUUGUAUGAGAAGACCACUACCCGAUUUUACAGGACAGAACAGGGUAAAUCAGGCCCAAGGAAGAACAUGGAUAUCAACCUGCUUGAGCUAGGAGAGAGCCGAGGGUGGCACUUUGCGCUUGAGUCGCUGAUUCCCGUGGCAUCGAAAAGCAUUUCGCCUGUGAUAACUGGGUUCGCUGAGCGAGUUAAGAUGAGGCCCGAUCAUGAUCAUCGUUCCAGUGAAAGCUUCGCCGAGUGGGAACAGACACCGACUGUCAAGAAGUAUCUACGGACAGGCCGUCUAGAUACCAUCUACUCUUUUGGCAUCAAGCAGACAUGCUACAAAGUCGAGGUUAUGGGCAUGUGGUAUCCGGGACAGAAGCUUCCUGUCUGGGGUCUUUCUGUUCGUCACCCGGAAUGGGCAACUCACCUCGCCGAGCUUGAGCGUCUGCCCAUUGGUCGCAAAGCUGACUGGGGCGAUACCAUCGCUACAUUCCUGCCAGACGACGGUCAGUCUUGUUACUCUAGUGCCGUCGAGGACGAAGACUUCGGAAUGAGGAACCUCAACCUGGGUAUCGGCGUCGAGGCACCGCUACACGAUGGAAUUCGCAUCCUCAUGGACAAGUUGCUCCAGCUCUCGGCUACUGUCAGCGCAGUUACGGACAUGGGAGGCGUCUCUAUCUAA